GUUGAGACGAUCGGGGAUGCCUAUAUGGUUGUUGGAGGACUCUCCCGCAAGGGAGGUAACAGUCACUCCGCUCAAAUAGCUGACAUGUCACUUACUAUACUGAGUGCGGUUAUGACGUUCCGUCAAAGACAUCGACCUAACGAUGAGACUAGAGUGCGCAUAGGCCUUCACUCAGGAAUGUGCUGUGCAGGAGUUGUUGGGUUGACCAUGCCUCGAUAUUGCCUUUUUGGAGAUACUGUCAACACUGCAUCAAGAAUGGAAUCCAAUGGAGAAGCUAAAAGGAUCCACAUCAGUAGUGUGACAAAGGAAGCCCUGGAAACAUUUGGAGUUUAUCACAUCAACCUUAGGGGAGAUAUCCCUAUCAAGGGGAAAGGAUCAAUGACAACGUACUGGCUAAAUGGAAAAAUCGGAUUCAACCACCCACUUCCUAUCGUAGAGUAACAAAUGUUUAUGUAAAUCCCUAUCCCACACAAAGUACUUUCAAAAAUACCUAAUAAUAUCUGUGAAACCAUUUUGAACGGCAAACCACAACCAACCAGAGAGUUACAGAACUGAUAAGAAGUACCACAAUGCAGUCAUGCGUUAUGCAAAGCUGCAUAUAUUGCUGAGCGGCCAUCUCUUAAGAUAUGAGUAGGUAUUUUGUUUCAAAUCUUUCGCCAUGACAGUACGCAUCUUGUUUGGCAAAGUUCUCCUCAUCGUUCAUGACAAAAUUCUACUCCUCAUGAACUACCCAAUUGUUACAUUAUUACUGCAAUACCGAAGUUCUCGUGCCAAAUACGAGACCAUUCAAUGACAAUGCUCACCUUUGCCACUUAUGGAAGAAGCGAAGCCCAAUCUACUUUAUAAGGAGAUUUAAUCCAUGUGCCUUUUAGUUAUUCAGAUGACGUCGUCUGAGGAUUUCAGCACAUUUUUUUUUUACUCCUGUGACCUUGAAUGUGGGUCAAAUGCCAUUCCUUUGAACAAACUUAGCCGUCCGUCAUCCUAUAUCAAGCCAAUAUCGGUAGAUGUAUGUAGAGAAAGAAAUCUAACAUGUUGUAAUGUAUAUACAAUGUACCUGGUAAACAUAUCUAUAUAGUUGUCAUCUGAAAUUGUCAUUAUAGUGAAAAUAUAUUUGUAGCUUAAUGUCAAUAAAAUGUCAUUAACCUUA